GAUAUGUUAAUAAUAAGAGCGAUAAAUAGUAAUAGACAUUGAGAAUUAAUAUCUACUUUAACUUUGCUUGCAUUUUUCUUUUGAUUUGAUUUCCUACCCAAUCUAACUAGAGAUACAGUUGAAAAUAAAUCUUCUAACCAAACGAAUUUAACAAAUAUGCUAUGUAAUAAUAACAUCAUGUUUUGUAAUGCAUGCAAUCAAACAAGAGACGGGAAGUUUUGUUCCGAAUGUGGAUCAAAACUAAACGAAGUGAAAAGUACUAUUUUACCCAACAAUCCUGCUACACAACAUUCUGAACAGAAAGAGAACCAUAGUAUAGAAAAUCAAUUUAAUGAAAAUAAAGAUGGAGUUUCUCAUAGUAAUGUUACAGGUUCUAAAGCAGUUGAAAAUGAAGAUCUAUUUUGUAUAACACAUCCUAAAACUUAUAAUUAUGAAGGUAUUAAAACUGUAGAAGCAAUUCCUGUAAGUUUGUUGGAGGAAUCGUCUUACAACAAAAUUGAUAGCAAAUCAAAUGAAAAUUCAGAAAAAACAGAGGAUCUAGCUGAGAAUAAGACUCAUGAAAGAAGUAACCAUUUAGUAUCAAAUCCAUCAGAAAACAAAAGUGUUUAUAGCCCAGCUGAAAGCAUUGGUAAUAACAAUGAUGGUAAAGAAAAACUAAAUAAUCUUAUAAAUAACACAAAAGAAAAAGAUAUGGCGCAAGCUGAGAUCAAGCCUUAUGAAAGAAGUAACAAUUUUGAAUCAAAUCCUUUAGAAAACAUGGGUGUUUUUAGCUCAGCUAAAAAUGUUGGAAAUAAAUCUGAUGAUGAAGAAAAACUUAAUAAUCUUUCAAAUAGCGCAAAAGUAGAAGAUGUGGAUCUACCUGAAAACAAACCUCAUGAAAAAAAUAAUCGUUUAGAAUCUAGUCCAUUAGAAAAAAGUGUUGGUAAUAAAGUUGAUGAUGAAGAAAAACUUAAUCUUUCAAAUAGCACAAAAGUAGAAGAUGUGGAUCUACCUGAAAACAAGCCUCAUAAAAACAAUAAUCGUUUAGAGUCUAGUCCAUUAGAAAAAAGUGUUGGUAAUGAAGCUGAUGAUGAAGAAAAACUUAAUAAUAUUUCAAAUAGCACAAAAGUAGAAGAUGUGGAUCUACCUGAAAACAAGUCUCAUGAAAAAAAUAAUAGUUUCGAGCCUAGUCUAUUAGAAAAAAGUGUUGGUAAUAAAGCUGAUGUUAAAGAAAAAAUUAAUAAUCUUUCAAAUAGCACAAAAGUAGAAGACGUGGAUCUACCUGAAAACAAGCCUCAUGAAAAAAAUAAUCGUUUAGAGUCUAGUCCAUUAGAAAAAAGUGUUGGUAAUGAAGCUGAUGAUGAAGGAAAACUUAAUAAUCUUUCAAAUAGCACAAAAGUAGGAGAUAUGGAUCUACCUGAAAAAAGUCUCAUGAAAAAAAUAGCCAUUUUGAAUCAAAUCCAUUAGAAAACAAAGGUGUUAGUAGCUCAGCUGAAAAUAUUGGUAAUAACAAUGACGAUAAGGAAAAACUAAAAAAUCUUUCAAACAACACUAAAGAAGAAGUGGAUAAAAAGGAAUUGGAUUUUUCAAUGCUAAUAAAGGAGACUGUUAUUAACUCGACUUUACUUGAAUAUGUAUCAGAUGAAUUGGUUACUGGAUAUAAUUAGUUAGUCAAACCUGGAGAAUCCUUAACAGAAGUCUUAUUACUUGAACGUAUUGCUGCAUUGCGAAUAACUUUGACAGUAUCAGCUCAAGUAUUGUGUACCUGGUUUCUUGGAGAAACUUUAAACGAAACAAAA